CACUAUCUCCAUCUCCAUUCUCCACUCUUCACUGCCAUGUAACUGCCAUUAACAUGCUUAUUAAUCCUACAGCUUCUCACUUUGUUUUCCUUCAGAGCAAUAGCAAUAGCUUACUGUUUCACCAUGACUACUACCAAGCUACUGCUUCUCAUCUUCACCAUCUUCUCUUCUCUUCACUACUUCUCUGUCUCUUCCUUCGAGUACCAAGUUGGCGGCAACAAAGGUUGGGUUGUUCCUCCUGCAAAUGACACCAGAAUCUACAAUUACUGGGCCUCCGAGAACCGCUUCCAAGUCGGCGACACCGUCAGGUUUAGGUACAAGAAGGAUUCUGUCAUGGAAGUAACUGAAGAAGAGUACAAGAAGUGCAACUCUAGUCACCCCAGUUUCUUCUCCAACACAGGGAAUACAGUUUACAAGCUUGACCAUUCAGGCCCUUUCUACUUCGUUAGUGGAGUUUCUGGGCACUGCGAGAAGGGACAAAAGAUCAUCAUCAAGGUUAUGGCUCCUGAAGAGGAUUAUCCUUUGCAUGGUGGUGGCAAGAAGUCUGCAGGUUCUCGUCCCGCAGUUCUACCUCUUGGUGGAUCCGAACUGGCUGCUUGUCUUCAACUUGUUCUGUCUUAUGUUGCUUCUCGUGUCUUCUACUAGGUUUCUUAAUUUGUCUGUUAAUUUAUGUUGUUUGUUUUUUGCUUCUGUUCCCAGUUUGAAGUUUAGGUGUCCUCAAAUCUUUAUUUAAUCGUCUGUUUGCAGAUUUUUAGCUUAAUUACCCCCCUUAAUGAACAUUUAUAUUUGAAUA